AUGGUCACCAUUGAUUACUCAAUGCUGUGGCUGCUGUUGCUGACUCUCGCCUGCCUGGGGAGCUCUGACCCCAUCACCUCAGAUCCCAACUCAGAGACUGAGAUUGUGGACAUUGUGGGAGGACAUGAUGCUCCCGCUGGAAAGUGGCCAUGGCAGGUAGGCCUGUGGAUCUACAGGCCAGCAGACAAGAAAUGGGCACUCGGUUGUGGGGGCUCCCUCAUUCACCGUCAGUGGGUGCUGACUGCUGCCCACUGUGUUGUUGAACUGAAAACUCGAUCACCUCAACACAUUAGAGUCCAAGUGGGCCAUGUGAAACCCUUUGAUAGUAACACUUUUGAGAUGGUAACUGAGAUCAUCCCCCACCCUGAUUACAAUCCUAAAGAGAAAGGAGAAGGUGGGGGAGAUGUGGCUCUUCUCAAACUGACAAAGCCCAUGAUGCUCUCUCACCGAGUCAACCCGGUGACCCUUCCUCCACCGGACCUCCUGCUUCCCCCACACUGGAGAUGCUGGGUGACUGGCUGGGGUGAUGUUGCAUCUAAUAGUAAGUCUCAAGCUGACCAAGGUCAGAUCGAAGGGGGAGACUCCAAGGUGAACACAAUUGGUGUUGGCACAGUGCUUUCAACAAGGCAUUAA